ACCACAGUAAUAGUAUUACUGCACUUGCCAAGCCGAUACCUGCCCUCACUUGAUCACUCUGAUCACCUCUUCCAGAUUGAGUAAACAAGUCAUCAAGAUCUAUGUUGAUAGGUUGUGCCUCGGCACCCGAAGCCUAAUUCAUCUUCAGCCUCGCAUCCAAAAAAAAGAUAAAGCCUUCGAUGGGCCCUUCUGCCAGCUCUCCUUAUUCCCCGGAGGACACAUCCCUCAGGUCUCCUACCGUCCCCCUCCACCACCGAAAUACCGUGUACUGUACCCCUGUCAGUCCUGUUAACCAACCACCCUUCUCGGUAGCACAUCAAAGUGACCGAAUCAGCAUGAACUCCGAGACUCCUCGUCUGUCUUGCAUUGCUAUCGUCGAUUUUUCGCAGGACAUACGUUUCUUAUAUGUCACUGAGUCAUUCACCGAGCUCCUCGGCUGGGACGUCCGGGAGACAAUCGGACGCCCGGGCUCUGAUCUAGUCCACCCUGACGAAUUUUCUGUGGUGCGACAAUUACAUUACGGUACCAUUCGCCAAGAUAAAGCAGCGGUGUUAGCGUAUCUCCGACUCAAACACAAAGAUCCACUGAGGGGGUACCUUCUUUGUGCAAUUUCCCGCACUGUCGUGCAUAACGUGCUUGUCGGGAGUAUAUCCCCCGCUUCAUCCGGGAUAAAGGCGUUCCAAAAUGCGUCGACAGCACAGGAAGUCGACUUCGUGACCCCCGUUGCGAGGGACUUUGAGUUCAGGCGCUGGGGUGAUCCGUCUCCGAUGCCUCCGAGCCCUAUUCCUAAUAUCCCGCUACUCUUGGAGGGCACCGGUGAGGUUGAAGAUCCGAAUGCAGAGUGCAAAGACGGUAUAUUGAGCUUCAAGCCUCUUCCCAAACAGUCUGCACGCGUUGCACUCAUCCUGGACCGAUUUUCGAUGCACUGCCCCAUACAGUACUGCUCCAACGAUCUCCUUGUCGAGACAACGACGGUAAUGGGCCGGAGCUUUUAUGACUUCGUUUCUCCUAAGAAUGAGGAUCGGGUUCGCGAGUGGAUAGAUAUGGUCAAGGCCUGGGGCGUCAACGAGAAGGGCCAGCCUUCUGAUGGGGGCUUCGGAUUUGGUAAAUUUACCUUAUUGUGCAAGGGGAGGGAGUCAAGGGGCGAGCAGAUGACUACCUCGCGUUCGUCGCGGCGCAAGGAAAUUUUCGCAUCGUUGAAGGGUCAAUUAGCCAAGACGCCGCUCCUAGGCAACACAUCGUCAAGGACACAUGGUUCCUCCACGCGCGAUGAUGAAAUGCCCGUUGACGCUAUAUUUUCGGCUCAUUCAGACGGCAUCCUCCUCAUCUUGCGCUCGACGGGUGCACCGCCGAAGUCAUGAAGUGCAGGUCUCGGGAUAUAAAAACGGUUUUUCUGACGAACACUGCAUAUAAACUCCACGGCACGUUUUUUCUCUGGCUACGAAGUGUAUUUAUUUUGGUUAUAGCAAGUCUCUCCCGGCGAACGAUGCACUCGUAAAUGUAGCCCUCGGCGCUUAGUUUUCAUGUUGACAACAACUUUCCCGGACUCCGUUCUCUCCUGGUUGUAUGUACACUACAAUAUUUCAGGAGUUGUGCAUAUGGCUUCAUCUGUCUGGACCCUUUCGAUGUGCCUUGGUAAUCAUAUGUAGUUUCUCC